AUGUUUUUCGAAUGGUUUAUUAUUUCAGAUAUAGAUGGAGUUACUAUUUCAGGAUUGAGAAGCUAUAGGCUAUUAACUGUUGAUGAAAAAUUAAAACUACGGGAGAUAAAGGAAAAAUAUGAUAAACAGAGAGAAAAGGAAAGGAAGAAGCAGGCAGAAGAAAGAGAAAGGGAACGAAUAUUACGUGAGGCUGAAAGGGAGAAGGAACGGAUACAACGUGAAAAAGAGCGACAAAUGCGUGAAGCGGAAAGAGAGAUGGAGCGACAACAACGAGAUGCGGAAAGAAUACAUCGUCAAUUAGAAAGAGAAAAGGAGCAAAAAUUACGGGAAGAAGAAAGAGAGAUGGAGCGAAGACAACGUGAGAAAGAGAGACAACUACGAGAAGAAGAAAGGGAGAGGGAGCGAAGACAGCGCGAUGCAGAAAGGGAAAAGGAGCAACGAAGACGUGAAGUUGAAAGGGAAUUGCGUGAUUUGGAAAAACAGAGGGAACAAAAACAUCGUGAAGAAGAAAGAAGAAGGGAACAAAUCCAACGUGAGAAAGAGCAACAAAAUCGUGAGGCGGAAAGAGAGAAGGAGCGACAAAAACGCAAUGCUGAAAGAGCACAGUACGAAGUGGAAAGGGAAAUGCGUGAUUUGGAAAGACAAAGGGAACAAAAAAAACGUGAAGACAGAACGAAAUUGGGAACAGCAAAUACGUGA